AUGUGGUCGACGUUCUUCGUGACAGAUGAGGAGGGGAGGCCCGUGGGGGGUCCUGGGGGGUGGGGGGUCCAGGUGGGGGGGAUGCCCUUGGCGGGGGGUCCGGCUCAGGGGCCUGUGGGUCUGAACAGUCUGAUGAGUGGACGCAGUACUUUCGGAGGAGGAAAUAAGAGACGAAGGACGGCCUCUGGAACACAGGCCAUGAGCGAGGCCCAGGAAGGGAAGAUUAAGUUGGCGUUCUUCGUUGCCAUUGUGGGCGUGGUGCUGACGGUUCUCGGUGUUGGGACGGAGUUCUGGGUGGAACUAUCUCCUCCGAAGCAUUUUUACAACAACCAGACGUGUCUGACGGCUCACCUGGGCCUGUGGAAGGGCUGCACCAAGACCCUGUGGGUGGCAGACAUCGACCCAGAGAGAGAGACCUGUGGACCGGCCGAGCUGCCCGGAGAGACAAACUGCACCUACUUCAAGUUCUUCACGACAGGAGAAACUGCAGUGAUGUUUCAGAAAACUACGCACAAAAACCUGAGCAUGGCAUCUGCCAUGUUGGCCAUGUUCAGCCUCUUCCUGAUGGUGAUGGGAGCCAUCUGCAUCACCAUGGCCCUGAGCAAAGAAAUCCUGUUCUUCCUCAAACCUGCGUCAGUCUGCUUCAUCCUCUCAGGUGUGCUGGUGCUCCUGUCUCUGCUCGUCUUCCAUCAGUCGGUUUUGGCGUUUCUGUCGAGCGACCACAGCGUGCCCCUUCACCACGAGCUCGCCUGGUCCGUGUCCUGUAUCGGGUGUGCGGGGGCGGUGCUUAUCGUGGGCGGAGUCCUGUUCCUGCUGCUCGCUCUGCCCUACAGUCCCUGGCAACGCUGCCUCCCCCACAAGAACCAAGCCGGCACCAGCAGCAGAAGCAGCGGCAGAGGGGGCACCUAG